UGAGGAGAGUGACGUAAGAGGAAGAAGUCGCCAUUAGAGGGAGGCGGAUAGAAGGGCUUGGAGCGCUUGGCCUGUCAGUUGUCGGUGCGUCUACCGUUAGGAGAGACAGGGCCGCUCUCCGGGGCUGCGUUUGCCCUUCAGUGCAGGCUCCGUGUAGCCCGCUGCGUUGGUGUCCAUGGCGGCUGGAGGAGGCGGAGCUGGAGCUGGGGGCAGCAAAACGUACUCGUUCAAGGUGGUGCUGCUCGGAGAGGGCUGUGUAGGGAAGACGUCGCUAGUGCUGCGCUACUGUGAGAACAAGUUCAACGACAAACACAUCACCACCCUGCAGGCAUCCUUCCUUACAAAGAAGUUGAACAUUGGAGGGAAAAGGGUGAACCUUGCGAUUUGGGACACGGCUGGUCAAGAGAGAUUCCACGCACUCGGCCCAAUCUACUACAGAGACUCUAAUGGAGCUAUUUUAGUGUACGAUAUCACAGAUGAGGACUCCUUCCAAAAGGUAAAAAAUUGGGUGAAGGAACUGCGGAAAAUGCUGGGGAAUGAAAUCUGUUUAUGUAUAGUAGGAAAUAAGGUAGAUUUGGAAAAAGAGAGACAUGUCUCUGUUCAAGAAGCAGAAGCGUAUGCAGAAUCUGUGGGUGCAAAGCACUAUCAUACUUCAGCCAAGCAAAAUAAGGGAAUUGAAGAGUUAUUCCUUGAUCUGUGUAAAAGAAUGAUAGAAACAGCACAAGUAGAUGAAAGAGCCAAAGGUAACGGGCCAAGCCAGUCAGGAGCGUCUAGGAGAGGAGUACAGAUUGUAGAUGACGAACCACAGGCACAGAGCGCGGGCGGAUGCUGUUCCGGAUAAAUGUGUGAACUGAGCAGAUACUUGUCCUAUCAGGAAGAUUGCCAUAUUCCAAGUCACCUAUUCUUUUACCAUUGGGGUAACCGAAAUUAACAGUAUUUAAAUGAGGAAAUAAAGUAACAAAAUACGAGACCAAGCGGUAUACUGUCGGAGUGCGUGACCACAGAAUUGGCAUUUUCUACAGCUGAUAACCGAGCAAUUACCAAUGGCCUUUUUACAUAUGGUUUUUCUUUAAUGAAGAAUAAUAUGCAUGUAGAAAAGACCUACUUAAAGCUUCAUUUAUAUUCUUUUUUAAUCCUGUUCUUUAUUUAAUAACUUAUGUACAUUGUUAGGACGGUAUGCACUUUGCUGCAUUUUGUGGAAAACUAAUUAUAUUCUAAAAAAACGCAUUCCCCAGCAGAUAUCAGUCAUAUUUUUGCAGGGUUUUCACAUGGUCUAACUGUUCAUUUUGGUUCUACUUAAUUCUAUCAAAUCUGGUCUAUGUGCUUUACAUAUUAAAUGUUUUAUCUGCCUUC